AUAGGUUUAUUAAAGUUGAGUUGGUUGCAUAUAUGUGAAUUGUCAAGUUAAUGAUUAGAGAUGGAGGAUUCAGUGGGUAUUAGAGCAGUGGCGUGUACAUUUUCAACGCGCAGCAUUUUAUUGAUUGCGGGUGAAAUCAGGUCAUCGGAAGUUCUGUAGUGCAGCGAAAUUACCAGAUACACCAUACACACAGUUGACAUUUGUUUUGACAGUUAAUCAGCUGUAUACAUGUAUCGGCAAGUCUUACCUAAAUAAAUAAAACAUGGAUAUGGAACUUGAUGUGAAUUAGACGAAGAGUUUGCAGAAACUACGAAUUUUUGAUUAUGGACUUCCAGAAUGGAUAAAAGCUAUUCGAAUGGCGUAGUGUGCGCAUUUGGCCGAUGAAGAUUUUGUGGUAGCAACAAAUGUAUUAAUAUUAUGGAUAUCCAGAAUGAGUUACUGGUGGCAAUUGAUGAGGGCAAUUUGAACACGAUCAAAAGCGCACUCGAGCGGGGGGCGAACGUGAACAGAAUAUCUUCAAGAGGUAUCACCCCAUUGGGUGCUGCUGUUCAGACAGGCAACUUGGCAGUCCUGAAAGUGCUGACAGAGAGCACAAAGCUGAGCUUGAAUCUGGAUGGGUCUCAGCAGCAGCAACAGAGGAACAAUAUUGGGUACUUUGUGGUUUGCAAGGAUCUGGAUGAAUUUGGCGACGGGCCGACGCCAGAUGGUAUGGAUGCCCUGGAAUGGGACAUGGAGAUUAGAAAUGAAAAUAGCGCACAGGAGAGGCCCGUGAGCCCUGACAUCAGUUUAUACAAUUGGUAUGCAAAGAUAUUGAAUCAAACUUCGAUUUUGCUAAAAUCGCCAGAGUACGAUAUUUCCAGAUUGGAUUCUCAUGGCCAGAAUGUGUUGCAUUACUCGGUGCGGUGCGGUCAUAUGGAUAUGGUGGAGUAUCUGUUGGAUAAUUACGACGAACUGGAUGUCAACCAGUGCGAUGGGCAUUGGUGCAGUCCUCUGCACAUCGCCUGCCGCACGGACAGACCAGAAAUGGUGCAGCUUCUGAUUAAGAAGGGCGCCGAUGUGAAUGGAGAGAGCACGCACAGAGAGACUCCGCUGCACGUUGCAGCUCAAAUGGGCGAUCUGGAAGCAGUCAAGGUGUUGAUAGAGAAUGGGGCCAACGUUAAUGUAUACAACAUGGAGGACAGAUCGCCUCUGAGUAUGGCAAUAUGCAAUUUGCAUGAGCAUGUUGCAGAGUACUUGGUGGGCAAGGGGACCAGACUAAACCAAGAAGAAUGCCUUGGCUACACAGUGCUUUAUAAGGCUGUAUGGAAUAACUUGUAUAGCACUACCAAACUACUGUUGAAGGCUGGAGCUAAAAUCAUCAAUUCCCACCAUUUACUGCAUCUUGCAACAAAUCAAAACAAUUUGGAUAUGGUCAAGCUGAUUCAUGAGGCUGGAGCCUUCGUCAACACCAGAGAUGACCAUGGCAACACUCCACUCAUGACAGCUUGUCUAGUCAGGAACUUGGACAUAGCUUCAUACUACCUAAGAAAUGGUGCUCCUGCGAAUUCGGUGAAUCAGAUAACAGGGAUGUCGGCGCUGCAUCUGUGCGUGCAGCACGAGGACGAUCCUGAAAAAUUCAGACAGUUCCUGGAUCUCCUCACCAGCUGCAACGCGGACAUCAACGCCAACAGCCAUCAGGGGAACGUCCUCUUCUACUCGAUAAUACUGAACAACGUAAGCGCGGCGUCUCUGCUCAUCAAAUACGGUGCAGAUGUCAACAGUCGUGACGAGCACGGCUACUUCGAUAAUCUUAGUGUCGCAAAGAAACAGGGGAACUUCGAUCUGGUCAGACUCCUGGUGUAUGCCGGCUUCCGUUACAGGAAUCUGCUGUUCGACGUGAAAUCGCUGAAGGACGAUAGCGGCGACGAUCAGAUAUACGACUUCAUCGUGCAGACAAGGAGCAAACCGAUGAAUCUGCGUGAUCUCUGCAGGAUCAGGGUAAGAGCCUGCCUCGGACGACAGCUCCAUCGCAGGAUCAACAAGCUACCACUGCCUUCGAUCAUCCAAAAAUAUCUGGCCUUUGAAAUUUUAUAAGCUGGAUCGUAAAUUUCGCAUCAUCGAACUGCCACACGACAGUUGAAAGUUUUUAGUCUCUCUCACUUUCCUCAUCUCACUAGUCAUAUUGUAUACACAAUGAAAUAUAUUUAGAUUUUCUAAA